GCUAGUCAGUCAGUCAGUCAGUCAGUCAGUCAGUCAGUCAGUCAGUCAGUCAGCCAUUCAACCGUCAGUCAGUCAGUCAGUCAGUCAGUCAGUCAGUCAGUCAGUCAGUUAGCC